UCUUAUUCACCCAAAUUAAUCUUAUUUAGCAGAGAGAAAGAGAUAACCAGGGAGAGUAAAGACUCAGAAGAAGAACACACAGAAAUCACAGAGAAAAAGAGAAAGAUUGCAACAAGAUCUGAAAGAAUGGCGUCAAGAGUGAUUGUUCCUGAGAGGCAAAGAGAUGGGGUUUUUGCUGGAAAACUCAAGCCAAAAGCAGCGGAAGGAAACAAUAGGAGAGCAGCCCUUGUAGAUAUUGGGAACUUAGAUACUAAACGAGUAGGUGGUGAUGCUGGGAAACAGCAGCAGGUUACUCGUCCUGCAACUAGGAGAUUUGGUGCAGUGUUACUCGCUAAUGCACAAGCUAAUGCCGAGAAGAAGAAUAAGAAACCAGUUGUUGUAAUUGCUGAUAAAACUGUUGUACUGAAAACAAAGGUAUCCAAUCCUGUUGCAAAGAAGGCUGUUGUAAAACCAAAACAAGAGCCGGUAAUUGGUGCAGGUGCAGAAGAGGCAAAAAAGGAAAAACCCAAUACCCAGAAAUCUUCUAGGAAGAAGAAGGUGCAAACCAUGACUUCAGUGUUAUCUGCUCGUAGCAAGGUUGCUUGUGGUUUGUCCGAUAACAUUGUUGACAUUGAUGCAGGAGAUAUUGAUAAUCAAUUGGCAGCUGUGGAGUAUGUCGAAGAUUUGUAUAAUUUUUACAUACUCGCUGAGAGUUCAAGCCAAAUUCCUGACUACAUGGAUUCACAGAAUCAAAUUAAUGCCAAGAUGAGGAUGAUUCUUGUAGACUGGUUGAUACAAGUUCAUAACAAAUUUGAACUUGCCCCGGAAACCCUUUAUCUUACAAUCUAUAUUGUUGAUCGGUACCUUUCGACCAAUGUUACACAGAGAAGGGAGUUGCAGUUGCUAGGCAUCAGUUCUAUGCUCAUUGCCAGUAAAUAUGAAGAAAUCUGGGCGCCAGAAGUAAAAGACUUUGUCUGUAUUUCGGACAAAACAUAUACCAGAGAACAUAUACUAGGCAUGGAGAAAUCAAUCUUGGCCAAGCUUGGAUGGACCUUAACUGUUCCUACUCCUUAUGUUUUCCUUGUACGUUUUGUUAAAGCUGCCAUGGCAGAUAAGGAGAUGGAGAACAUGGCUUUUUUCUUGGCAGAAUUGGGUUUGAUGCAGUACGCAGUGGUAAUGUUCCGUCCAUCGAUGUUGGCUGCCUCUGCAGUCUAUGCAGCACGCUGCACCUUGAACAAGACCCCUCCCUGGGACAAAACUCUUGAGAUUCAUACAGGUUACACUGGAUCUCAGUUAAUUGAUUGUGCCAAGUUAUUGGUGAGCUUCCAUGCUGGGGUAGCUGAUGAUAAGUUGAGGGUGGUGUUCAACAAAUACUCAAGUCCUAAACGUAGUGCCGUUGCUUUACUUGCCCCAGCCAAAAGCCUUUUGGCUUCAUGAUACAGUAAUGGAGAAUACAACUGAAUCAUUCAUCAUGUGUUCUUGAGAAUAAUAAUGUAUAUUCUUAAUCGUAUUAGGUCCCUUUUCUACAGUAUAUUCAAUCUAUACUUAUUAGUUAUUAGUCUAGUUUACUAUAAACGAUGGAUCAUUGGUAUAAUGACCAGUGAAUUCAAUGAGCUCAUGUAAUUUUGUUUUCUCUUUUAAGAAUAGAGAAACUAAUUUGAAGUUUGAACUAAUGUACUUGUCAGUAAUAUAGCAAUAUCAAUAGGAAUU